AUGAAGAAAAAACUAGACUCAUCAAAUAUAUCAAAGAGCUCUGGUGCUAAUGAUUCAAGAAUAUUGAAAUAAACUUUCAAUCCUUUAUUUAAAAUAUACCAUAUCGAUAGAAAUAUUCUUCUAUGUAAAUCUUGCAAAAUGCUUGUAUUUGAGAAGGAAGCAUACUAGCAUUUAUUUGACGAUCAACAUGUUCAUAUCUUAUAGAAGGACUUCUUGAGGAAUUAAAUAAAAUCGGCAUCUAAUCAUAGGCGCCGCGGAGUCAAGUCAAAUAUCAAAUAGAAGUCAUUUUCUUAGUAAUGCAUGAAGAAACAAUCUGAGAAAGAUGGUUUGAAUAAAAGUAGAGACAUUACAAUUGGACAAUCUAUUAAAUCACAUUAUUAAUUUGCAAGUAAAUUAGUGGAGGAUUUAAAUUUAAUUGGUCAUAGUAAUCUAUCCCUAGUAGUUGCUUUAUUGAGUGAAACGUAAUGCAAGAUUAACAUGUUAUAUGAUUUGAAUUUUUCAGAAAUAAGUGAGUAAGGUUCUUGCUUUGUUAUCCAAUAAAACAAAGAGCCCUAACUAUCUUAUUCAAUUAACAAAUAGAGAAUACCUGAAUUUUUGCAGUAGUUCGUAAAAAAGAAUCUGGGAUCAAAUAAAAGCAUAAUAGAUUGGAAAUCAAGGAAUAAAUGCAGUCAUUUAAGAUACCAGAUACGGCAGUGUUGCAAGAAAAUAGCCAAAUUAACAAACAAUAAGGAUUAUCAACAAUUUUUGAUUGGAAUAAGAUUGAAUUACUUGAAAGGCUUGGGAUUGAAAUACUAAAAUGAUCUGAAUAAACAAUUGUAGACAGAGGAAACUGGAAAGGUUCAAUUGAUGUAAUUGAAUGAAAAGGAAUCAUAGGAGGAAAUACAACAACUUUUAGGGGAUUAAAAAAAACAAAAUAUUAGAAUAGUAAUUAAAUCGAAAGAAGAUAAUUGA